UGCCUGUUAGCGAUAUAUACCGCCGAGUAAAUUUUUGCACAGCAAAACUCUCAGCCGUGUGUUUACCGUAGCUGAACAGCUGCCGGUUGUAGCAUUAUUACAUACUUGAUAAAAGCGCUUCGUUCAGCAGCCGUGUGUGCUGUCCAAUGAUGUUUUGUUGAAUACAUUCCGCCGCAGCGCAAACAUUAUUCUCAUACUGCCAGCAACCUGUUUGUACGGAAUACACAUAUUAUCCGCAUAAUCAACACACCGCGUGUUAGCGUUAUUAUCUGCCUGAAUAAUUGCAACAAAUCAGCGGCCAUUUGCGUAGUAACUGAUUCCCGGCGCGGAGAGAGGUUAGAGGGAGAAAAAAUUGCCCAUUAUUGGUAUAAUUGUGUUUUAUUGUUGUGGGAAUUGAUUUGUCGGUGAAACGCUUCCGUGGUCAUGGGGGAAAUGAAGGACGACUCCAGUCUUACCAUCCAUCUACAGUGCGGAUUAACCCGCGAACAGAUCAACUGCCGCUACAGUGAUCUGAGCCUGCGUUUCCUGAAGGAGACGGCAUGUCUCUUCAUCGAGCGCAAAUUUCCCACCCAUGGGCUAACCAACGUCCAGGACAGUAUUAUGCUAUUCCGGCAUGAUUAUAAUGCCAAGAAUAUUCUGGUACAUUUGGAGACGGUGUCGGAGGUGACGGAUGGGAUUCUGCUGGAGAUCUUCGUCUCCGGGCGGCCGAUCGCCAAUGGCGCCGGUGCGGCCGACUGCCGGCCGCAUUCCUAUGUGAUCCACAGCUAUAAGAGUCCGACCUUCUGUGAUCACUGCGGGGGACUCCUCAUGGGGCUGGUGCGGCAGGGACUGCAUUGUGAAUACUGCGGGCUGAAUUGUCAUAAAAAGUGCGCAUACAAUAUUCCCAACUACUGCUCCUAUGCGCUGGCCCGCCCGGUGAUGCAUACACAGGAGUCACGUGAUUCCACCAUGUCGGGUGUAUCGGGGCAUUUGGAGGUACCGGCCAGUCAGAAAGAUCAUGUCCGCCUCCGCUCCCCAUCACGCUCCUCCACAUCCAUCCGUCCACCGAUCAUCGACGAGAUAAUGACCAAUCGCGUGAAAGUGCCGCACACCUUCAUCAUCAAAUCCUACAAUAAGCCCACCGUGUGCAAAUACUGCAAUAAGCUGCUGAAGGGCCUCUUCCGGCAGGGACUGCAGUGCAAGGACUGCAAGACCAACUGCCAUGAGAAGUGCGCCCAGAGCGCCCCGGCCGACUGUGCCGGCGAACCGCCGUCCAUGGCCUCGCCCACCGCCGUCGGCCAGACGGACUCCACGUCGGAUAGCGGUUCCACGCAUAACUUCGAUAUGACCGAUAUGGAACAGGAAGUGCCCAGUCAACAUCAGAACACACCGCCGGCUCCGCACCACGAAACCCGGGGCGAUCAGAUAACCGUCCGCCGUAUCCACCAGACAAUGAAAACCGGCCCCAAGGAAGUAUUACCCUCGUUGAAGGAAGGCUGGGUGGUGCACUUCACCAGCAAGAAUCCGACCCGGCUGAAUCACUACUGGAAACUGACCUCCAAAUAUAUUGUCAUGUAUCAGUCCAACAUUGACCAGUCCGUGUACAAUAAAAUCUACCUGGACAAAAUCUUCACCAUCGAUCCGGGUGUGCAGUACCCGGCACCGCAUACCUUCCAGCUGCGCACCAACAACAUGGUGUUCUACAUCGGCGACAAGCCGCAGUCAUCGGCGGCGGAAGAAUGGGCCAUCCGCAUUAAAAAAUCGCUGAUGCCCAUCGGGCGGGCCGAAGGUGUGGAGCGACGGGAUAAGCUGUUUGCCGCACUGGAAGACGUGUUCGCCUACUAUCAAAUCUUUCCCGACGGGGUGCUUGGUGCCGGACAGUUUGGUGUAGUGUACGAAGCCACGUCGCGACCUACUGGAAAGCAGGUUGCCAUUAAGGUCACAGAUAAGCCACGCCUCUCCGAGAAGGAAGCCAUCCGCAUGAAACAGGAAAUCGAAAUACUCCGUUCCCUCAAUCAUCCGGGCGUCGUCAAUGUGGACGGGUUCUUCGAGAACCAACAGCACGUGUUCAUUGUGAUGGAGAAACUCUGCAGCGACAUGUUGAAAUUCAUCCUGGCCACGGAGAAGAAACGCCUCCCCGAGCGCAUGGCUAAAUUCUUCACCUACCAGAUCCUCACAGCCCUCGGCUACCUACACGCGAAAAAGAUCGCCCACUGCGAUCUGAAACCGGAGAACAUUCUCCUCACCUCUGAGAGCGAUUUCCCACAGAUUAAACUGUGUGACUUCGGUUUCGCCAAGAUCAUCGGCGAGCAGAGUUUCCGCAAGUCCCUGGUCGGGACACCGGCCUACUUGGCGCCGGAAGCCCUGACCCGCAAUAAACGCUACAACCGGCUGAUCGAUAUGUGGUCCGUGGGGAUUAUCAUCUACGUGUCGCUGGCCGGGGUGUUCCCCUUCAACGAGAACGAAGACAUCUCCGAUCAGAUUAAGAAUGCCGCCUUCCUCUUUCCACCCAAUCCCUGGUCGGAGAUCAGUGAGACGGCCAUCGAUCUGAUCAAGCAUGUCGUGGUGGUGGAGAUUAAGAAUCGUUUCACGGUGUACAAGGCCAUUCAGCAUCGGUGGUUCCUGGACUACCAGAUGUAUGCCGAUCUCCGGAAACUGGAGAGCGAUGUCGGAGUGCGCUAUCUGACGCAUGAAGUGGACGAUGCACGCUGGGAAGAGUACCGUCGCAGUCGCAAUCUGCCGGGUUUCGCGCCGGCUCAGCCGGAUUAUGCGUCGGUUAAUUAUGAGGACAGUGAUAAUGAGGGAUCAGAUAUGGAUGAAGAUAUGAAUCUUUAAGCUGCGGGUUGGAUUUUAUUCGUUUUAUAAUCAUCCCACUAUACUGGAUUGCAUUAGAUUAUUCUAUAACGCGAUAAAAAAUGAAGAAGUUUCGGCUAAUUUUUGUUCAUUAAUUGUUGCCUAAUAUUACCUAGUAUGAGUAUGAACGCAAAGAGUUUUGGUACAGAUUUUUCGUAACUUAUGUAUAAAAUUUUUCACUUAAGCAUGUUGGUUAUGUACUGCACCAUUUCAAGUGCACGCACAUGGAUGACUUAUGACAAGAUUAAAAUUAAUAAAAUUGUUGCAGAUGU